CUGCGUGGGCCAUAGAGGGCGCUGUUCCCACGUCUCCCAUAACCCUCCGCGCGAAGGCCUCCUCUUUCUUUUGGUGCUCGCGCCGCCGGUGCUGUCGCCAUGGGGGUGGACAUUCGACAUAACAAGGACCGCAAGGUUCGCCGCAAAGAGCCCAAGAGUCAAGACGUCUAUCUCCGUCUCCUGGUCAAGCUGUACCGCUUCCUGGCCCGCCGCACUAAUGCCAGCUUCAACAAGGUUAUCCUGAAACGCCUCUUCAUGAGCCGCACCAACCGGCCUCCGCUCUCCCUGUCCCGCAUGAUCCGCAAGAUGAAGCUCCCUGGGCGGGAGAACAAGACAGCUGUGGUAGUAGGGACAAUCACUGAUGACAUACGGAUCCAGGACAUUCCCAAACUGAAGGUGUGUGCCUUGCGGGUGACACGGGGAGCCCGCAGCCGCAUCCUGAAGGCAGGGGGCCAGAUCAUGACCUUUGACCAGCUGGCCAUGACCACGCCCAAGGGUCAAGGUACCGUCCUGCUUUCUGGUCCCAGGAAGGGACGUGAGGUGUAUCGGCACUUUGGCAAGGCACCUGGCACUCCCCACAGUCACACCAAGCCUUACAUACGGUCCAAGGGGCGGAAGUUUGAGCGUGCCCGGGGUCGCCGUGCCAGCAGAGGUUACAAGAACUGAGCCGGUGUCAUCCUUCGCGUAUAAUAAAUGCCGUCGGACUCCAUGUA